AUGGCUUCUGAUCCCGAAGGGCAGCAAAAGCAAGUUGGUGGGCACGGGGAAAUUGGCCACAAGAGUCUCUUAGAGAGCGAUGCUCUUUACCAAUACAUACUUGAAACCAGUGUGUACCCAAGAGAUCCUGAACCCAUGAAAUCGCUUCGCGAAUUGACAGCAAAACACCCUUGGAAUGUCAUGGCCACCUCACCCGAUGAAGGACAGUUCUUGAGUAUGCUUCUCAAGCUUAUCAAAGCUAAGAACACUAUGGAAAUUGGUGUUUAUACUGGUUACUCUUUGCUUGCUAUUGCCCUCUGGCUCUUCCCCAAGAUGGAAAGGUCAACAACAGCAAUGCUAGCUAGCAUUUAA